AUGGGCAGCAAAGCUGGUCGAGGCGAGUUCGGGCUCUGGGGGCCUGGGCAGCCCCCGGCUCCGUGGGGAGCACUAAGGGAAGGGCCGGCGAUAGAGUUGGAGAGAAGCCACUAUUCAGACCAUGAAAUCCGCAAGCUGGAGGAGGAAGAGCAGCUCAAGAGGAGGAAGGAAAGCAUGCACGAUGAUGAUGAUGAGGCACCUGGCAAAACUGUUGUCAUGGCUCAAGACCUAGAAGAAAAGUGGGAACAGAAGUUACUGCGAUUCAAAGCUGCUCCACGGAUAACAGAUGCUGAUAAAAAUGACAUCCGAACGUCAUUGAACAGGAAGCUGGACCGUAACCUGAUGCUUCUAGUGAAACAGAAAAUUGGUAACCAGGAGUUGUGGCUCCUGCCUCAAGCAGAAUGGCAGCCUGGAGAGACGCUGCGAAGCACAGCUGAGCGAGCCAUGUCUACUUUUUUAGGAGAUCAUAUCCAGGCCAAGUUUCUGGGGAAUGCGCCAUACGGGCUUUACAAGUACAAAUUCCCCCGGGCCAUCAGGACUGAGGAUAACGUGGGAGCCAAAGUAUUCUUCUUCAAAGCCUUCCUCCAGAGCAACGAUUUGUCCCAGGCAGAACUGAAAGAAGAUUACCUGUGGGUCACAAAGGAUGAGCUGGGAGGUUACUUGAAUUCAGAAUACCUGAAGAAAGUCAAUCGAUUCCUUCUGGACUUAUAAGUGCUAGGCUGUGCUCCAGCAGAAGGUGAAGACAUAGGACGUGACUCUGGGGAGGGGUGCAGCUGCUACUUUCCAUGGUCUGUGCGCAUGAGAUGUUGAAUUAGGCUCUAGAGGAUGAUUUGGCUUUGCCUUAUUUCCCAGUUCUCUUCUCCAGGCCUGUACUAAAUAAAUAUUAACACUUAUACUCCUAAGUGAGACUCUCCUCAAGGAGUUCUUUGCUUAUGUUGAAUCCUCCACCUCCUCUGGAAGUGCAUGUUGUGACCUCCUUUUCCUCUGCUGAGUGUGGCAUUCCCUAGGGCUGUGGUACCCAACAGGCUGUCUCUCCUCACCAGAUUCCUGUCAAUAGUCUAGAGCUCAAACAGUUUCUUUUAAAUAACACGUAAUAUUUGUGUCUCUGCCACCCGCUCUUUGCCAAGAGCAGCACUGGAGAGUUACCUGUGUGUCCAGGUGGGAAUAAGCCCUCCUAGAUGUAGGAAGAGGACUUGUCAGCUAGCUAUGUUGGGAGACCUGGCAAGGGACCAAGCUGAAGUAUUCCUGGUUUUUAGGUGCCAUCCCACCCCCUAAGACUAUAGUUUUUCUUUGGAUCGUUGUGACCUUUUUGGGGAGGAAAUGCACAUUUGCAGUGCACAGCAGAGCAGCAGUCAAUUGCUUAUCCAAGGAUUAGCUCUUGCGGGCCUGGAGCACCCUGACAAGCAUUUCCAGGCAUACCUUGAUCUCUUUGGAUGCAAACUGCAUCUGUGGCUGAGCUCCCUCUGUGCAUUCCUGGAGCCCUUUAGCUUCUUCGGAAGUAACCCAUUCACUUGCCUAACUCACCAGAAGGGAGGCCAACUUUCCUUACCCUGUCAGCCAUAGGUGCAAGAUUUUUUAUUUUUAUUUUUUGGUAGCCAGAAACCACGUACCUGGUACUGUGGAAAGUGGGAACUCUGCAAAGAUCACAGGCAACAGGUGAGGGCCCAGGAGGCUGGGGAGGGCAGGUUUCUGGGGAACUGAUUUGUGUUUCUGCAGCCGGGAACUUAGGUUGUUCACAGCUCUGUGUCACAGCCCUAUUGCUGUUUGUGUAAGGUACCUGUGGAUUGAAAAUUACACUUAAACUGUUUUGAAACUGUUUUGGAGCUGCCUCUGGCCCCAAGAGUCCCUGAUAAGUGGUGGCCAUGGAGGACAUAGCUGUUGCCUAUUUUUCAUGCAGCUCUCCUUAAUAUUAAAAUGAGCUCUGUUUUCUCACCAAUGCUGCAGUCCUCUUGGGGCCUGAAGCUGUAGCAACAGGCAGAAAAUAGCACUUGACCAGUAGCUCUGUUUCUGCGCUAAGAGGCUAAUUUUUGCUUGCGUUGGGAAGGCUGUUCUCAGCAUUGCUGCUUCCUGGGGACAGCCAUGGAGGCUGUAUUGAAGAGUUUCCACUUCUCAGCUCCCAUUCCUACUGUGUUAGGCCAGUGCUGCUAGCCCAGCCGAGCAGGGCCUCUUUCAAGGAGUCUGACCCCGUUUACCUCAACUUAUUUAUUAAAAGAGCUAUCUUGUUGUGGUGUUGUGCUACCUCACCUCCUUGUGACUGGUUCAAUUUCUGGGAGCGUUUUUCUGAUUGUAAAUGUUGCUAUUUGCUAGUCAGAGCGUGGGCUAGUGUUGGUAGGACCUUGCAGAGAAGCAGCCUUCUUCAGUGGCAGGGGGAGAGAUGGAAAUAGCUGUCGUUAAUCAUCCGGAGAGAGUUCAGCCUCCUGAGGUGGAAUUUGAGAUUGCUGUAUAUAUUUUAUCAAUCCUUUGGGAGCUGUUGAGCUGCAGGCCUCAAAUUAAAGCUAUCCUUAAUCACUCCACAACCACUGGGAUGGGGGGUAGCCCAGCAGCCUUCUAUUCUCUAACGCUGGGCAGUUUGGGAGCUACAGGCUUGCAAUAAAUUACAAACAAAACAAAACGUGGUUUCUUGAAACGCCCUUGCAGGCCUGACAAGGAGGCUGCGCCUGUGCUGAAAGAGCAUUUGCAAAGAGGAAUUAAAUGCAGAGCAGGGUAUGUGCCUGCCGAACUGCGGAUUUUUUGGCUGCUCUCUGAGGCCAGUACUGUUGAAGGGGGAGAUUCUUGCCUUCUCUGAGACUGAAAGCUCCUGUGGAGGGGAGAGGUGAGCAUUGUGACCGUCAGCACUGUGACCCUUGUGUCUGCAGUAGGCUCAGGGACUCAGUGCAGUCAGCUCAGGAGAGGCUUUUCUCGGCCCUGCUGUUUCAGACUGUAGCACUCGGUCUCGAAGGAGAGCUCUGUGAGCACAGGCCUAGGGCAGGCCCCUUGCCAAGGUCUGUACCGCAUUUCCCAUACAAAAGGCAGGUUCUGUGUCACUGGAGUUGGACUUUCAAAGCACGUAAAAUGCUGCUUAAACAGUGUUAUUUGUCUUCAAAACUAGGAGCACAAAGGAGAGAAAGGGCUGUGCUGAAAGCUUACUGGCCUUCAAACCCAGACAGUUCUUAUUCUCUGGCUUGCUCAAGCAGCAGGCCUGCGGGCGCUGUCUGUGCUGAAAGAGGGGGAGCUCCCUCCAGUGAUGGAAAGGCCAAAAUCUACAGUCUUUUUUGUUUUUUGGUGGUUUUUUUGAUGUUUUCCUCAGACUCAUGCCCUUGUUCAUAAAGGCAGCAGAUGUGCAAGGAACUUGGCCUUAUCUGGAAGUUGCAAUAGCUGUUUCCUCAGCAUCUAAAACAGAAUUUCCUGCUUCCAGCCUGUGUAUGAUCAGUGCUUUUUUUUCCCCCCUGCUGUUUAUUUUAUUUGCAAACUGUCAGCUGGUAACUGCAAACAAUCCUGGAUCCUCUGUCUCAGGGGCUCUUGCUCACUUCUUGUUCCCUCACCCUGGCCUCUUACAGGGAAGGCAGAAGGAUGUUGUGCAGAUCUUCUAGGGAAGAGGAUGGUCUGGUGUCUCCUCAUUUCUUCUCUACUCCCAGAGGU